AUGGUCGUAUGUAUUAACUACUUCGGCGUGCGCUUCUUCGGGGAAUUUGAAUUCUGGCUGUCCUCAUUCAAUGUUAUCGUCAUUUUGGGCUUUAUUCUGCUCUCACUCAUCCUUAUGAUAGGCGGCGGUCCUGACCAUGAUCGGAAGGGGUUCCGUUACUGGAAGAAUCCCGGUGCUUUCAACCACUACAUGGAGGGCGAUGCUGGCCGCUUCCUCGCGUUCUGGUCCACCAUGAUCUCUGCCACAUUCGCAUACCUUGGUACCGAAUUGGUUGGUGUGACCGUCGCCGAGGCGCAGAACCCUCGUCGUGCCAUUCCCCGUGCGACCAAGUUGACUUUCUGGCAUAUCCUCGUCUUCUAUGUUCUCUCAGUCCUCUUACUCGGUACCCUGGUACCCUACAACGAUCAGAAGCUGCCCUACAACAAUUCCAAGUUUGCGAAGCCGAGCGGCUCGGCGGCUGCCUCGGCCUUUGUCGUUGCUAUUGAGAACUCUGGCAUCCCCGUACUGUCGCACAUCAUCAAUGCCUGCAUUCUGCUAUUUGUUUUCUCGGCCGCCAACUCUGAUUUGUACAUCGCAACCCGUACACUCUACGGUCUUGCUCCCGAGGGCAAAGGCCCAAGAUCUUUGCCCAAAUUGACAGACGCGGUAUUCCUGUCUAUGCGCUGGCAAUUUGCUCUUCCAUCGCCCUGA